UGAUAUCUCGUCUUUAAACCAGUUUGUGGCAAUCCUUGGAAGCACUUAAAGAUGCCCAGGGAAGACAGAGCUACGUGGAAAUCAAAUUACUUCCUCAAAAUUAUUCAACUGUUGGAUGAUUAUCCAAAAUGUUUCAUUGUCGGAGCAGACAACGUUGGAUCCAAGCAGAUGCAGCAGAUCCGUAUAUCGCUGCGUGGUAAGGCUGUCGUGUUGAUGGGCAAGAAUACCAUGAUGCGCAAGGCUAUCCGUGGUCAUUUGGAGAACAACCCUGCUCUGGAAAAGCUUCUCCCACACAUUCGUGGUAAUGUUGGCUUUGUGUUCACUAAGGAGGAUUUGUGCGAAGUCCGUGACAUGCUGCUGUCCAACAAGGUCCCAGCUGCUGCUCGUGCUGGUGCAAUUGCUCCAUGUGAUGUCACUGUGCCAGGUCAAAACACUGGUUUGGGACCUGAGAAGACCUCUUUCUUCCAGGCUUUGGGAAUCACCACCAAGAUCUCCAGAGGUACUAUUGAAAUUCUGAGCGAUGUACAUCUCAUCAAGGAGGGUGACAAGGUGGGAGCCAGUGAAGCCACUCUGCUGAACAUGUUGAACAUCUCUCCAUUCUCCUACGGCUUGGUGAUCAGGCAGGUUUAUGAUAAUGGCAGUAUAUAUGACCCUGAGGUCCUGGAUAUCACAGAGGAAACUCUGCAGAAGUGUUUCUUAGAGGGAGUUCGUAAUGUGGCAAGUGUGUGUCUGGAAAUUGGUUAUCCAACUAUAGCCUCUGUACCACAUUCCAUCAUUAAUGGUUACAAAAGAGUGCUGGCCAUUGCUGUGGAGACAGACUAUUCCUUCCCAUUAGCCGAUAAGGUAAAAGCUUUCUUGGCUGACCCAUCAGCUUUUGCUGCUCCUGUUGUUGAGGCUGCUGCAGUUGCUGUCAAGGAGGAAGUGAAAGAGGAGAAGAAGGAAGAGUCUGAGGAGUCUGAUGAUGACAUGGGCUUUGGUCUGUUUGACUAAAAAAAAACCUGCCCGUCUCUGCAUGGCUGUUCAAUCUACCUAACCAAAAUAAAAGGAAUUAUUUACAGAAA